AUGGAUGACCAAUUUGGAGGGCGCACCGACGACGAUCUCUUCUACGAUGAUUUCGAGCCCGUCGAGAGCGAGACUAUAGUGACCACCGAAGUCGUCUCUCCUGCACCUGAGCCCACGCCAGUAGCGCCAGCUCAACCACCUCCUAUUACUCAAGAGAAGCCUUCGCCUGCGCCCGCGCCAGCGACCGCACCCUCAGCACCUGCCUCUAAACCUGCAGGCCUCUCCUCUUCCCGAUACGCCGACAAGGCAGCCCCAGCGCCCGCUCCAGCUCCUGCCUCCAAGCCCGCGAAGCAGCCUCCUCAACCAACAUCCAACGCUCCUCCCAAUGCGCCCACUGCCCCUCGCGAAAAGACUCCUCAUGGCUCUCACAUCAACUCCGCAGCUCGUCUCGGAUCCGGCGCAAACCCACGCCAAAAGCUUACCGAAGCGGAACUCGCUGAGAAGAUGGAAAAGAUGAAGCUCAUCAACGCCGAGAAGACGCGCGAGUUCGAGAAAGCUGAGAAGGAUCAGAAAGACCACGCCGCCGCAUAUGCUCGUGGUAUGGAAGAGGCAAAGAAACGACGUGCGGAGGAAGCUGAGCGACGUAAACGCAAUGACGAGGAUCGGCGCAAGCUAGAGGAUGAGCGCGCUAAGAACAGGGAGCGAAAACUGAAGGCUAUGGGCAUGAAGGAAGGUGGAUGGGACGAGGGCAAAGAGGCCCGGGAAGAGGAGGAGAACAGACGCUUCCGUGGCGCGAACGGCGGUAUUCGAGGGUCGAAGACCGGUGGUCUCGGUGGAAGUCGGUAUGCGACCCGGGACAACGAAGAACACGACGUGGAUCGUUUCCUCGACGAUAGACAUCGCGGGGGCAGGGGCAGAGGUCGUGGGCGCGGAGGUCGAGGAGGCAGAGGCGGUCGUGGUGGUCAUGAAAGCGCGGCGCCUGCACCACCCAAACAGGCUGUACCAGCAGCUGAAGAUUUCCCAGCUCUCCCUGGCGAGGUCAAGAAGAGUGCAACUGCGCCAGCCAACGACAAGCCAGCUUUCGCCGCCGCAGCAGCAGGGCUACCACCCCCAUUGCCGCCACUCGCUGGUGGAAAGUGGGACGAAGAGAUGGAUGAGUAUGAUGAGCUAAACAAGAAGUCAUAA